UAUUCUGUAAUCACAGGUAAGGGAACGGCAGGUGAUACAUAUGAUGGCGUGAAGGAGUCAUACCCGGCUGUCCCGUUCGUGGCCGAGGACUUCCACGGAAAAGACGUCUGUAAAACACCGGACCUUAAUAUUCAAGACUACGACGACCCUGAUCAAGCUCGGAACUGUCAGUUAGGAGGGCUCCGGGAUCUCAAUCAGGGCCGAGAAAAUGUGCGCCAAAAACAGUCAGAAUUUCUCAAUAAACUCAUUGACAUCGGAGUCGCCGGCUUUCGGUCGGACGCAUCCAAACACCAGUGGCCCGAAGACCUCAAAAACAUAAUCUCAAGGCUACAUACCCUCAACACCACAUACUUCCCGGCUAAUAGUAAACCAUUUGUCUAUCACGAGUACAUAUCCGGCACCAGAAUAAAGGCAUCAGAAUAUACACCAUUAGGUCGAGUGAUUGAAUUCAAAGCUUUUGAUAAUUUGGGUCAUGUUUUUCGUAAGAAAGAUAACCAAAAACUCGCGUAUUUCAAGAACUGGGGCACCGGGUGGGGAAUGUUACCAUCCGAUGAUGCACUUAUAAUGGUUGAUAGUCACGACCUCCAGUCCCCUGAUUUCUACCGGUGUCGGAAGUACAACCGAGUCGGGAUACGGCAGGGGGCACAGUACUCAUCGAUGAUGACCGCCCGGAGUGUACAGGGAGGCAAAGAUGUGAACGACUGGAUGGGUCCGCCACACGACGCCUCCUAUAAUAUAGAUGACGUUCAGCGUAAUCCAGAUCUUAGUUGUAAUCAAAGUCAAUGGGUAUGUGAGCACAGGUGGCGUCAGAUCUAUAAUAUGGUUAGGUUUAGGAAUGUAGCCGGAAAUGAGUCGGUGACCAAUUGGUGGGACAACACCAACAAUCAGAUUGCCUUCAGUCGCGGCACCAAAGCCUUUAUUGCCAUCAAUAAUGAUGAUCAGCCUAUUAAUGCCAAACUCAAGACUGGUCUACCGGCCGGUAAUUAUUGUGAUAUAAUAUCCGGUAAUUUAGAGGGAGGCAAAUGCACGGGAAAACAGAUAACAGUUGGAAGUGACGGAUCGGCACAGAUUUCUGUGGAUAACAAAUGGGAAGACCCUAUGGGUGUCAAACGCCCGGACCACGUCGUUGAAGAUGACAUUUGGCUCCCUUUCCGCCCAAAUACUGACCACUUUCUCGCCGAAGUGCUCCANUGUGAACUAUUUUUAGGACCGUAUGGUUUCGGAGGGGUUCAGUUGUCGCCGGUUCACGAGUGCGCUAAUAUAGACCGGAGACCCUGGUGGGAAAGGUAUCAACCCGUCAGCUAUAAGAUUGAUGGCAGGAGUGGUAAUGAACAGCAAUUCGCAGAUAUGGUUAAACGCUGUAAUAAGGUUGGUGUCCGGAUAUAUGUGGACGUAGUGCUCAACCAUAUGACUGGUGUUCAAACAGGUAAGGGAACGGCAGGUGAUACAUAUGAUGGCGUGAAGGAGUCAUACCCGGCUGUCCCGUUCGUGGCCGAGGACUUCCACGGAAAAGACGUCUGUAAAACACCGGACCUUAAUAUUCAAGACUACGACGACCCUGAUCAAGCUCGGAACUGUCAGUUAGGAGGGCUCCGGGAUCUCAAUCAGGGCCGAGAAAAUGUGCGCCAAAAACAGUCAGAAUUUCUCAAUAAACUCAUUGACAUCGGAGUCGCCGGCUUUCGGUCGGACGCAUCCAAACACCAGUGGCCCGAAGACCUCAAAAACAUAAUCUCAAGGCUACAUACCCUCAACACCACAUACUUCCCGGCUAAUAGUAAACCAUUUGUCUAUCACGAGUACAUAUCCGGCACCAGAAUAAAGGCAUCAGAAUAUACACCAUUAGGUCGAGUGAUUGAAUUCAAAGCUUUUGAUAAUUUGGGUCAUGUUUUUCGUAAGAAAGAUAACCAAAAACUCGCGUAUUUCAAGAACUGGGGCACCGGGUGGGGAAUGUUACCAUCCGAUGAUGCACUUAUAAUGGUUGAUAGUCACGACCUCCAGAGGGGACAUUCGGGAGACAUAAGUAUUACGAUUACAUUCUUCGAGCCCAGACUCCUAAAGAUGGCCACAGCCUUCAUGUUGGCUCAGCCCUAUGCCGUCCCCCGUGUCAUGAGUAGCUACUACUGGCCCCGGAGUGUACAGGGAGGCAAAGAUGUGAACGACUGGAUGGGUCCGCCACACGACGCCUCCUAUAAUAUAGAUGACGUUCAGCGUAAUCCAGAUCUUAGUUGUAAUCAAACUCAAUGGAUAUGUGAGCACAGGUGGCGUCAGAUCUAUAAUAUGGUUGGGUUUAGGAAUGUAGCCGGAAAUGAGUCGGUGACCAAUUGGUGGGACAACACCAACAAUCAGAUUGCCUUCAGUCGCGGCACCAAAGCCUUUAUUGCCAUCAAUAAUGAUGAUCAGCCUAUUAAUGCCAAACUCAAGACUGGUCUACCGGCCGGUAAUUAUUGUGAUAUAAUAUCCGGUAAUUUAGAGGUGGGUUGUAAUGCCAGUCCUAACAGUGACCCACACUUUGUGGACGACCGGCAAGUGGUCACACAUCUCAUGGAAUGGAAGUACUCAGAGAUCGCCAAAGAAUGUGAACUAUUUUUAGGACCGUAUGGUUUCGGAGGGGUUCAGUUGUCGCCGGUUCACGAGUGCGCUAAUAUAGACCGGAGACCCUGGUGGGAAAGGUAUCAACCCGUCAGCUAUAAGAUUGAUGGCAGGAGUGGUAAUGAACAGCAAUUCGCAGAUAUGGUUAAGCGAUGUAAUAAAGUUGGUGUCCGGAUAUAUGUGGACGUAGUGCUCAACCAUAUGACUGGUGUUCAAACAGGUAAGGGAACGGCAGGUGAUACAUAUGAUGGCGUGAAGGAGUCAUACCCGGCUGUCCCGUUCGUGGCCGAGGACUUCCACGGAAAAGACGUCUGUAAAACACCGGAC